CCCGCUGACACCGCCUCGGAGGAUGUGAGCCGGCGCCGCCGCCGCUGCUUCGCGGGCAGGGUGCGCUCUCCCACCGGCCUGGCCGCUUUUCUGUUUUGGGUGGGGGCGACCGUACCAGGCCGCUUGGGCUUUUUAAAAGGGGCUGACUGUCUUUGGCAGCUUGAUUGGGGGAGGCUACCCACACAGGACGCUCCAAGAUUUUUUCCUUUUUUUUUAAAAACAGGGUUAACUGUUUUUGGCAGCUUGGUUUUUGGGGGAGCCUAGAAAAGGCCCCUCGGGGUUUCUUUUCGGGGGGGGGGGACAGUGGUCCCGACUUGGCCACUCGCCUGUUGGCGGGGGAGAACGGGGAGCAGGGGGAUGCGAACCCGGCUCCCCCCACCAUGAUGAAGACAGAGCCGCGGGGGCCCGGGGGUCCCCUCCGGAGCGCCUCCCCGCACCGCAGUGCCUACGAGGCGGGCAUCCAGGCGCUGAAGCCGCCCGACGCGCCCGGGCCCGACGAGGCACCCAAGGCAGCACACCACAAGAAAUAUGGCUCCAACGUUCACCGCAUCAAAAGUAUGUUCCUGCAGAUGGGCACGACGGCGGGGCCGGCGGGCGAGGCGGGCGGCGGCGCGGGUCCAGCAGAGGCCCCGCGGGCGCCCGAGCGCGGCGUUCGCCUGUCGCUGCCGCGGGCCAGCAGCCUGAACGAGAACGUGGACCACAGCGCCCUGCUCAAGCUGGGCACCAGCGUGUCGGAGCGCGUUAGCCGCUUCGACUCUAAGCCCGCGCCCUCCGCGCAGCCGGCGCCGCCGCCGCACCCGCCCUCCCGGCUGCAAGAGACGCGGAAACUGUUCGAACGGAGCGUCCCCGCUGCCGCAGGCGGCGACAAGGAGGCCGCAGCGCGGCGGCUGCUAAGGCAAGAGCGGGCCGGCCUGCAGGAUCGGAAGCUGGACGUCGUGGUGCGCUUCAAUGGCAGCACCGAGGCGCUGGACAAGCUGGACGCCGACGCCGUGUCGCCGACAGUCAGCCAGCUCAGCGCCGUCUUUGAGAAGGCAGACUUGAGGACCGGCCUCCACCGUGGGCCUGGGCCCCCCAGGGCCGCGGCCGCUGGGGCUCCGCAGGUCAACUCGAAGCUGGUCAGUAAGCGUUCCCGGGUGUUCCAGCCACCACCGCCACCGCCCGCCCCGUCGGGGGAUGCCCCAGCCGAGAAGGAGCGCGGCCCCGGAGGGCAGCAGCCCCCGCAACACCGAGUGGCCCCCGCCCGGCCACCCCCCAAGCCCCGGGAGGUGCACAAGAUUAAACCGGUGGAGGUGGAGGAGAGCGGGGAGUCGGAGGCCGAGGCGGCGCCGGGGGAAGUGAUUCAGGCCGAGGUGACGGUCCACGCGGCCCUGGAGAAUGGGAGCAUCGUGGCAACCGCAGCCAGCCCCGCGCCUGAGGAGCAGAAGGUCCAAGCGGCCCCCGAGGAGGAGGAGGCGGCGGCAGCUGUGACAGAUAAGGGGGUCGGCAAUGGCCGGGCCCCGGACUUGGCCCCUGAGGAGGCGGAUGAGUCCAAGAAGGAGGACUUCUCAGAAGCGGACUUGGUGGACGUGAGCGCUUACAGCGGGCUUGGGGAGGACUCGGGGGGCAGUGCUCUGGAGGAAGAGGACGAGGAGGAUGGGGAGCCCCCCUAUGAGCCCGAGUCAGGAUGCAUGGAGAUCCCAGGGCUCUCGGAGGAAGAGGACCCGGCCCCAAGCCGGAAGAUUCAUUUCAGCACGGCACCCAUCCAAGUGUUCAGCACCUACUCCAACGAGGACUAUGAUCGUCGAAACGAGGAUGUGGAUCCCAUGGCAGCCUCUGCUGAGUACGAGCUGGAGAAGCGGGUGGAGAGGUUGGAGCUGUUUCCUGUGGAGCUAGAGAAAGACUCCGAGGGCCUGGGCAUCAGCAUCAUCGGCAUGGGGGCUGGGGCAGACAUGGGUCUGGAGAAGCUGGGCAUCUUUGUCAAGACUGUGACCGAGGGCGGUGCGGCCCACCGGGAUGGCAGGAUCCAGGUGAACGAUCUCCUGGUGGAGGUGGAUGGAACAAGUCUGGUGGGAGUGACUCAGAGCUUUGCAGCCUCCGUGCUCCGGAACACCAAAGGCCGAGUGCGGUUUAUGAUUGGCCGGGAGCGGCCGGGAGAGCAGAGUGAAGUGGCCCAGCUAAUUCAACAGACCCUGGAACAGGAGCGAUGGCAGCGGGAGAUGAUGGAGCAGAGAUACGCCCAGUAUGCGGAGGAUGACGAGGAGACGGGAGAGUAUGCCACUGAUGAGGAUGAGGAGCUGAGCCCCACGUUCCCGGGUGGCGAGAUGGCCAUCGAGGUGUUCGAGCUAGCAGAGAAUGAGGAUGCACUGUCCCCUGUGGACAUGGAGCCUGAGAAGCUGGUGCACAAGUUCAAGGAGCUGCAGAUCAAGCACGCUGUGACCGAGGCAGAGAUCCAGCAGCUGAAAAGAAAGCUGCAGAGCCUUGAGCAGGAGAAGGGGCGGUGGCGGGUGGAGAAGGCCCAGCUGGAGCAGAGUGUGGAGGAAAACAAGGAGCGCAUGGAGAAGCUGGAGGGCUACUGGGGGGAGGCCCAGAGCCUGUGCCAGGCUGUGGAUGAGCACCUGCGGGAGACCCAGGCCCAGUACCAGGCCUUGGAGCGCAAGUACAGCAAGGCCAAGCGCCUCAUCAAGGACUACCAGCAGAAGGAGAUCGAGUUCCUGAAAAAGGAGACUGCCCAGCGUCGGGUUCUGGAGGAAUCAGAGUUGGCUAGGAAGGAGGAGAUGGACAAGCUCCUGGACAAGAUCUCAGAACUGGAAGGAAACCUGCAAACACUGAGGAAUUCCAAUUCUACUUAACAGGAACAUUCCCUGACUGGACAAUAAUCAACCCUUUCCCGUUGUCUUCCCUCCCCUGUCCUCAAUACUCUGCCCCGCCCCCUACCAGCCUGGGGACAGGUGCCCCAACUCCCCUCACCCUUCCACCCCACCUCCCCCAGCUUCAGG